AUGGGAAAAAAUAUUCGACGAAGAACGAAUCCAGGCAAAAGAUCUUCAAAUGUGUUACCAGAUGCUUCAGCUGGGAAAAAGAAGAAAUCUCAGGCAUCGCGACCCCCAAGUGUGUCCUUAGCUAAAAGUCGUGAGCGUUUGUAUAAUGCUCUUGACAUUGCAGAGGCUGAUCUGGAAGCCAAACGUCGCAAGAACAAAAAAGCUGGUAAAAUCAGCAAGUCAAAUAAUGAAGAUGAUGACCAGGAUAGUGAUCCAGAUCCUUUGGCUGGUGAAGAUGAACCUAUCGAUCGCAAUUUAAUUGCCGGACAGGAGGAUUUAGAUGAAGAUGAAGAUGAAGAGAUUGAUAGUGAUGAAGCUUUUGGAUCUUCAGACGAAGAGGAAAUAUUGGAUAGUUCAGUUUGGAAAAAGAAGCGCAAAAUUCGCAAGGGUGAAAGCUACAAGCCUGAAUAUGAUGAAGAUGAACUGGCUUCUGAAGACGAAUCCGACGCUAGCAUUGACAAAUCGCAGUUUGUAACAUUGACUGAAGCUUGGGAUUUAGAUGACAAAGACAAAGAAGAAUACGAAAAGAGCUUAAAGAUUAAGAAUAAAAAAGAAGGAAGCAGUUUCAAACUGAUGGAAGAGGACGAAGAGGAGGAAGAAGAAGACGAUGAGGAUUCUGAAGAAGAAGAGGAAUCUGAUGAUGACGAAGACUCUGAACUUUCGCUUUCGGAUGAUGAAGAUGUGGACGAAAUUGAUGAGGAGCAGCUCAGCAACCUUCAAGCUAUGAUUUCUGAUCUGAAAAAGCCAGCUAAAGUCACAAAAAAGAACGGAUCUUCUGCACUUACCGCUGACGACUAUGAAAAGCUCCAACAAACCAGUGCUGCUGCCGAGAGCGAGUUUUCAGUGCGAUCAUCUACCUUUGGAUUUAAUACCUUUGGCGAAGGAAAGCUUUCUCUUGCUGAUUUAGCAGGAACAGUUGCUGAUAAAGAUGUUGCUUCACAUUUAAAAUUAAUUGAUACAUCUAACGGCUCAUCUGGAGUAUCUAAAAAGGAAAAAUCAAUGACACUUGCUGUUCCACUGGCCAAGCAUAUUCAACAAAGAUUAGAACGUCGAGCUGCAUACGAUUUGACAAAAGAAGAGGUUGGCAAAUGGAAAGAAACGGUUAACACAAUGAAGGAGGCUGAACAUUUAUCGUUCCCAAUGGUUGAACCCCGUAAGAUUGUUCCUCACACAAUUUCGGGUGCUAGCAAUGACCAAGAACCGGCUACUGAAAUGGAGCGUCGCAUAAAUGAAAUGCUCAAAGCAUCACAACUCGGUCCUAAGCAAAGCAGUCAGCCAGACACAUUUGAGGAGCUUGCACCAGCACAAAUGACUUUAGAAGAAUUACAACAACACCGUGCGCAAAUCCGCAAAAUGAAGGAACUGGCAUACCGUGAACAACAGAAAGCACGACGCAUUAAAAAAAUCAAGUCAAAGACUUACCGCAAAAUUCACAGAAAGGAGCGUGAACGUGAGGAAGAACUCAUGCGUGAGGCUGGCAGUGAAGAAGAAGAUGAAGAGGACUACAAUGAUGAACAUGAUAUGCAGCGAGCGCGUGAACGUAUUGGACAACGACACAAGACUGGUGGCAAGUGGGCUCGCGACAUGAUUAAACAUGGAAUGACUAAAGAUGUUGCUACUCGCAAAGAACUUGAAGAGAUGCUACUUAAAAGUGAAGCUCUUCGCGAAAAGAUGCUUGGUCGUGCUGGGGGUUCUGAUUCUGAUGAUUCCGAUGCUGAACAAAAGUUUCUAAAUGGUGAGGGCUCUGACAGUGAUGACGAGCAAACUCUUUCUACAAAACAAAAAUUGGGUAAAGGUGUGCUUGCAAUGAAAUUUAUGCUGGAUGCCGAAGAGGCCGAGCGGAAACGCAACCAGACAGCCAAGGAGGAAUUACGCCGUGCUCGCGACGCUGUUGAUGGAUUUGGCAGUGAAGAUGAAGACUCGGAAGAUGGCGGACGCACAAAGGGCGCUAACGUGGUCAUUAAUGAAGGUCGCCGAAAAUACACGCCAGGCUCGGAAAAAGCCCGAAUUGAGGCCAGGAAAGCUGUUAAGGAAGCUCGUGACGACAUGGAGCUUGAUGAAGACUCUCUAGAAAGCCGCUUACGUGCUUCUCACAAGCGCAAAGCGCGUGGUACCAACAAUGGCAGUGAAGAGGAAGAGGAAGAGGAAGACGAGGACAAUGAUGCCACUAAUGGUAUUGGCCGUGUACGCGUUGUUUACGAUGAUGAUGAUAAUGAUGAAGAACAACCUAGCAGCAAAAAACAAAAGAAGGUUAGCUUCCGGGAGCGUGAACAGGAUGGCAAUUCCGAUAAUGAUUCUGAUGAAGAAAAUCCUUGGCUCACAGGUAACAAUGAUAUCCACAAAAAGAAAAGCAGCGUAACUGUUUUGGGACGUGAUAGCUCUGCUUCUGACAAGUCACAAGCUGAAAUUAAAAAGCAGCGUAAGAAGGCGGCCGGGAAACGCGAGACCAAAGCUUCUGCUCGGGACGGUUUGAUUGAUAUGAAUGAAACUCUUAAUGUGGUUGAUCCGUUUGGUGAUAACGAUAACGAUAGUGAUAGUGAUGACGACAGAUCUUCGCGCAUUUCGUUCAAGCAGACAGAUCUUGUUAAACAGGCCUUUUCUGGUGACGAUGUUGUUGCCGAGUUUGAAGAAGAAAAGGCCUCGAUAACCAAACGUGAUGACGAUCGUGUUGAGGAUGUCACUCUCCCUGGUUGGGGAGGUUGGGGUGGUGCAGGCCUUUCCGCACGACCCAAAAAGCGGUUUGUGCGUAAGGUGGCAGGUGUUGUGCGCGCCCAGAACCGUCGCGAUGCAAAGCUUGAAAAUGUUAUUAUUAACGAACGGUUGACAGCUGACCAAAGUCAUUUACACGCCGACAAGAUUCCAUUCCCGUUCGAGACACGGGAACAAUAUGAACGGUCGUUGCGCAUGCCUAUUGGCCAGGAAUGGUCGACGCGUAUGGCUCACCAAAAGAUGGUCAAACCGAGGGUACUUGUUAAGCCCAACCUGGUUAUUGAGCCCAUCCGCAACCCCUUCAAGAAUGAUGAUGAUUCGGAUAGUUAA